GCGGAACGGCCUCGGUGGCGUCGGCGGCCCGCAGGGCUCAUUGGGCGCGUGGUGCGGAGGGAUACGGCGGCUGGGCGUCGGUGCGGAGAGGCGGCGAGGCGGCAGAGGAGCGGGACGCGCUGCCGACGGCCGGCCCGGCAUCAUGGCCUCGGAGCUGGAGAGCCUCAACCCCGGGCAGCGCAUCAUGACCUUCCGCCCCACCAUGGAGCAGUUCCGCGACUUCAGCCGCUACAUCGCCUACGUGGAGUCGCAGGGCGCCCACCGCGCCGGGCUGGCCAAGAUCGUGCCGCCCAAGGAGUGGAAGCCGCGGCAGUGCUACGAUGACAUCGACGAGCUCGUCAUCCCCGCGCCCAUCCAGCAGGUGGUGACAGGGCAGUCCGGGCUCUUCACGCAGUACAACAUCCAGAAGAAAGCCAUGACGGUCCGCGAGUUCCGCAGGAUCGCCAACAGCGACAAGUACUGCACACCCCGGUACACGGACUUUGAAGACCUUGAACGAAAAUACUGGAAAAACCUUACGUUCAAUGCCCCCAUCUAUGGGGCCGACGUUAACGGCACGCUUUACGACAAGCAUGUGGAUGCGUGGAAUAUUGGCAGAUUGAACACAAUCCUGGAUAUUGUGGAGAAUGAAAGUGGCAUAACCAUUGAAGGAGUGAAUACUCCUUACCUAUAUUUUGGCAUGUGGAAAACUUCCUUUGCUUGGCACACUGAGGACAUGGACCUCUACAGUAUUAACUACUUGCAUUUUGGGGAACCCAAGUCGUGGUACUCGAUCCCUCCAGAGCAUGGGAAGCGACUGGAGAGACUUGCAAAAGGUUUUUUUCCAGGAAGUGCCCAAAGCUGUGAAGCAUUUCUCCGUCACAAGAUGACCCUCAUCUCUCCAUCAAUUCUGAAGAAAUACGGCAUUCCAUUUGAUAAGGUGACACAGGAGGCUGGGGAGUUCAUGAUCACCUUUCCUUAUAGCUAUCAUGCUGGCUUUAAUCACGGCUUUAACUGUGCUGAAUCCACCAACUUUGCUACUCUUCGGUGGAUCGAGUACGGGAAGCAGUCCGUGCUGUGCUCAUGUCGGAAGGACAUGGUGAAGAUUUCCAUGGAUGUGUUUGUGAGGAAGUACCAGCCAGAUCGUUACAAGCUUUGGAAAGCUGGGAAGGACGUGACUGUCAUCGACCAUGCUCUUCCAACCCCAGAGGCGGCUGAGUUCCUUAAAGGGGAUCUCAUGCAAAAAGUCAAGAAUGGGAAACAGUGUGCUGAGGAAAUGGAAACAGAAGAGACAUGUAAAGAGGAGGUGGAUGGGGACGAGAUGAAAAGCAUCCCCAAGCAUCGCAUAGGAACAAAAAGGCACAGGGUGUGCCUGGAAGUGCCUCAGGAGGUGAGUGAGAGUGAGGCCUUCCCCAAGGAGGAGCAGUAUGAAGAGGACAUGGCAGAGCCUCGUGAGAGGCCUAUGAGUGAACUUGUGCAGCAAGGUGAACAAAGGCUCAAACUUCCAGAUCGUGGGGACUCAGCUAAAUUUGAAGAAUUGAAAACGGUGAAGCUUGAGGAGGAAGAAGAACAAGAAGCAGCUGUACUGGAUCUCUCCAUUUCACAUGCUUCCAAUUCCACUUCAGCAUUGCCAGCAUCAAAGCAGAGUGCAACAUCCAGCGUUCAGUCCAGUUCGCCUGCGUAUUCUUGUUCUUCAGACUCUGAAUCGACUGAGCUGUUGGCAAAACGAACUCUUCCUGGGCCAGCUGGGGUGUUCACAGUCCACAGCUAUGCUAAGGGGGAUGCCAGUGGAUCUGACAAUGAACAGACUUCAGGGAAGAAAGCCAGUGCCACCACCAGCAUGAGUGAGCAAGAACUGAUAGAGGCAGCAAAGGAGUACAUCAGCUCAGCAAAGGACAGUAAGAAGUCCAAGGGUCGUCGCCAGCCCUUGAGCAAACUCCCACGCCAUCACCCACUCUUGGUUAAAGACUGCAUUAGUGAUGAUGAGGCACCAGAGCAGCUAACUCCUGAAGAAGAGGCUGAGGAGACAGAAGCUUGGGCCAAGCCACUCAGCCAGCUCUGGCAGAACCGGCCACCAAACUUUGAGGCUGAAAAAGAGUACAAUCGAACCAUGGCUCAGCAGUCUCCAUACUGUGCUGUUUGUAUGCUCUUCCAGGCAUAUCAGGCAGAAUGUGAAGGCAGCAGUCAAAACUCUGGAGUACCUCCAGCUGCUGUGGAUGGGAAGAUCCGAACUAAACCCCUGAUUCCUGAAAUGUGCUUUACUGCAACUGGCUGCAGCACUGACCUCAAUCUUUCAACUCCCUACCUAGAGGAGGAUGGAACCAGCGUACUCAUCACCUGCAAGAACUGCCAUGUCUGUGUCCAUGCAAGUUGUUAUGGUGUAUCCCCUGACAAGGCCACUGAAGACUGGAUGUGCUCCCGGUGUACAGAAAAUGCCUUAGAAGAGGAUUGCUGUUUGUGUUCAUUACGAGGAGGAGCACUACAGAGAGCCAAUGAUGACAAGUGGGUUCAUGUGAUGUGUGCUGUGGCUGUACUGGAGGCAAAAUUUGUGAACAUUGCAGAACGGAGUCCUGUAGAUGUUGGCAAAAUCCCCCUGCAACGUUUCAGACUGAAAUGCAUCUUCUGCAAGAAAAGGAGAAAGAGAAUUGCAGGUUGCUGUGUACAGUGCUCACAUGGUCGGUGUCCCACAUCCUUUCAUGUCAGCUGUGCCCAAGCAGCAGGAGUCAUGAUGCAGCCUGAUGACUGGCCAUUUGUUGUCUUCAUUACCUGCUUCAGGCAUAAGACUCCAUCUCAGGCAGAGCGAGCGAAGGCUGCACUCCAGGAUCUGUCACCUGGACAGAUAGUCAUCAGCAAGCACAAGAAUGGUCGCUUCUAUCAGUGUGAAGUGGUCAGCCUUGCAAAGGAGACUUUCUACGAGGUCAACUUUGAUGAUGGCUCCUUCAGUGAUAACCUGUACCCAGAGGACAUUGUGAGUCGAGACUGUCUUCAGUUAGGUCCCCCUGCUGAAGGGGAAGUUGUGCAGGUGAGAUGGACAGAUGGACAAGUUUAUGGAGCCAAGUUUGUCGCAUCACAUGCCAUCCAGAUGUACCAGGUGGAAUUUGAAGAUGGUUCACAGCUGAUGGUGAAAAGGGAUGAUGUAUAUACUCUUGAAGAGGAGCUUCCUAAGAGAGUGAAAUCAAGGCUGUCAAUAGCUUCAGAUAUGCGCUUCACAGAGAUCUUUGAAGAGAAGGAGGUCAGUCAAGAGAGGAAGAGGCAAAGAGUGAUCAAUUCACGCUACCGUGAAGAUUAUAUUGAACCUGCCUUGUACCGGGCCAUCAUGGAGUAAGCGCUGCCUGUGGCAGAGGAAGAAGAUGCCCACCUCCCCCAAGGAUUUAAAUGUUCCAGUACAACAGGCCAUAUUUGGAUGCUUCGAAUCCAGGGGUUUUUUUGGGGUUUUGUUCUUUUAUAUUUUAAGGAAGCUAAAAAGCUGUUGCUCUGCAGUAGCUGUAAGGCAGCUGUUGGAUAGUGAAAGAGAUCCCAUUUGCUGAAGCUGAUGCCUGCAAACUCCUGGUCUGAAGUUGGGUCCUCACCAAAUAAGCCAGCUUGGGAGUGUUGCUUUCAUCUCGUUGAGCAGUCUUGCUUUUUCAUUAGAGACAAUUUCGACAGGUGGCAAACUCUUUUGGGAGUUGUAGCCAGGAAUCACGGCAGCUGCAGAAUAGUGUGGUCUAUUGUUUUAACUGAAUAAUGUUCCUGAAUUUAGGAGUCUCCCUGGUGACCACACCUGGGCUUGAGCAGGCAGUAUUACUGGUGCUGGAAAUGGAACCUCUUUUAUACUUAUAUCCAUCUUUUUGUCGCAAGCAGCUUCAGUCUCUUGUUUCUCAGCGCCUCCUUUCUGAGGUUGAGCUGUAGGCUGUGCAAAUCCAACCAGAUAGGAGGUGCUCGUGUGAACAGGUGAAAUGUGAAAUUGAAUUCAGUAGGACAAAUUAUUUAACCUUCCAUUUAAUAUUUUUGUUCUGGUAGUGCUUUUGACUUACUUAAUCAUAAGUUAAACUGUAUUAGUAUGUGCCUCAGAACCAAUCAAAUCUGUCUGGAGCCCUGCACAGUGCAGCCUUCUAACAAGAAUAGAUGUUCAGCUCCCAAUAGACAUUCAGCUCCCAAAGAGUUUCUUUUGAGUUUCUCUAAGGCAAUAUGACUAAAGGGACAGAGUCCUAACUCUCCCUUCUUGAAAUCCAGGCAUCACAGUGUUGGGGAUGACAGGGCAGCAGCAUCUGAAGCAGUGCAGUCCCUCUUCUGUGGCAGCACUGUCUGUCGUGUGCCCGCAGGCUUUUGCUUACAGCAGCUAAUACUGGGUCUGAGACAGAUAAAGCAUGCACUGAGCUGUGUGUUACUGAAAGGCUGUGCAAUGCUCUUCUGAAGCAAGUGCUGCCAUGUUGCUGUCUGGCAAAGGUUACCGUAGCAUUUUUGUAGAGUGUUAGUAGGACACAUCUCAGUUGUGAUGGAGAGAACUUGCUACCCCAGCAACAGGAAGCUGAGUUGAGCUGGGUAAUAGGUGUGUACUCGGAAGAUGUGCCAACUUGCUCCUAGUAACUUAAGCAUUAACACAACACAGUAGGAGCAGUGUAAAUACCUGUUCCUUUCCCAUUCUGUAGGAAAGGGAUUUUAGGCUGUGGAGCAGAUUGGCCACCUUGUUUUUGCAUGGAAUGAUGGGGUGAAUUUUCCUACUGGAGAAAAUCGUGAUUGUGUGUUCUCCAGAAACUGUUCAAGAGGAGAAUUUUCUAAUGAAACAGACCUAAUGGAUCCCUGCUUCUAUAGGGACGUGGCAAUGUGUCUGCAAAGUCUGAAUUUGUAACUUUUUUCCUUUUGGUACAUAGGAUUGCUAUAAACCAAACUCUUCUGAAACCCCGGUGCAUCGACUUGUGAUUAGCAAUAAAAUGUAGUAUUGACUAGUGAUACAACUCUUGAUCAGAAAAGAAAUAAACUACCACUUUUAUACAGAAAAUCUUACUCAGCCCUACAUUUUUAUAGGGUCAGGAGGUCGAUAUAAGUAGCAAAGAUUUGCACAAUCACUGUUUUGCAUAGAGGUAAUCUGUCCUAUUUUUGUGGUGGAAUACCUCAUUCAUCAGUAUUGGAAGGCUUAAACAUUCUGAAAGGACAUAGUGGCUUUCUUUUGUGAUUUUUGGUUGCUUGUUUUUUUUUUUUCCUUUUUCCCAUGUCCAAAACUCCUGGUCUCAGGGUAUAAAAUGGUAUUCUGAUGAAUGGGAUAGUUGGCUUGAGAAAACCAGGAUCUGUUAAGACCAGAGUCUGGUAGCUGCAGUUACUCUGGUCCAGGCAUAGGAAUGAAAUUGCACUUUGACAUCUGAGCUUUCACAUAAGCCUCUGAAGUGAUGUGCUGUGAGCAAACAUAGAGAAGAGCUGGCAGGGCCUUAACAAACUUGCCUCUGUUCUGUCAGAGUUAAUUUGGUAUUAACUUCUCAUAGGCUGGACACUGCCUGUGAGUUACUGAAAAACAUACUCUUUGUAACAAUCUGCCGUUCUGCCUCAAGAGAAAAGGUCCCUGCCUUCAGGCUUUCUCCCCAAACUGCCAUGUAACUUAAAUGCAUCUUUUAGGUGCCACAUGCUACCUGUGCUGUAAACACCUGGCUCUACAGCUUCAUCCUAAAAUGAUGACCCAGAUACAAAACAGCUGGAUUUGUUUGGAGUGCUGUUGUUCUUGGGGUUGUUCUCAGAGCUGUCCUGUGUAGGGCCAGGAGUUGGAUUUUAUUGAUCCUCGUGGGUCCUUUCCAAAUCAGGAUAUUCUAUUCUUCAUUCACCUGCAGCAGGUUUUGCCACCCACCUCCAACAGUAUUGAGUGACUUUCAAGAGCUCCUGUGUGUAUUAUUUGUUCUGGAAGAGGAGCUUUGUUACCUGUUUUCUGCAGGCUCCAGAUUUGCUCUUGUCAGUUGACUGCACUGUGUUGGAAACCGCUGCCAUCCUGCACUCUUGAGACAAAAGGCCUUCCCAAUUCUCCUGUCAGUUCUUGUGCCGCAUCAUUCAAAUGUGAGCAUAUUGUACCUACUGCAGUCAGUAAACUGCAUUUUGGCUUCUCUCCAUGAACUUAAAAUUGGUGACCCUGAUGUUUGAGGGGUCUGUAUUAUUUGACUUUGCAAAAGCAGUUGGGUUUAUGGCUUGAAGUAAAACAGGUAGCAAUAAAAGCUCUGUACAGAGCAGCUGUCUCAAAGGUACAUAGGCUUUUCAUUACCUAGACUUUUAUUGUGUCUGAUAAUUUUCUUCAGUGUUUGUUUUUUUUUUUUUCUUUUGGAAGUGUUUUUAUCCCUGUUACAGCAUCAUUCCAGUGAGGGUGAGAUGCUGCCAGAUUAUCAGCUAGGCAGGUGUUUCUUGAAUGUGUUCAGUACAAAAUCAUGCUCAGUGUGCCCCACAGGAGCUCUGGUGACCCUUUGUUAGGUCCAUUGCAUGUGGUACUGCAGGCAGUAGACCAUUACUUCACUUUUCAUGAAACUUCCAUCUGUGACUGGUUCAGGUUGGACUCACAGGAAGCAUUUUUUUGUAUAAACAUAUAGUGGCUUGCCCUUAAUUCAGGAUGAGCUUCGCAAGCCAGUGAUAACUUUUCAUAAGAUUUAAAAAGGUGACUAUAUUCUUUGUAAAGCACCUGAUUGCAGUAAUGUUUCUGCCUGUGGCUGGACUUCUAGGAGACCACUUUUCCAUCAGCAGACCCCUCAGAUGACUAGGGGCAGUAUGUCAGUAGUAGGAUCAAUUCUCCUUGCUCCUUCUCUCUCUUCCCGGUGUUUUGAGCUGGGUUGAAUUGAUUCUGCACUGUUUGAGGAGCAUAGUCACAUAUCCCAAGGCUUCCAUCUCUGUUCUUCCAUCCUUUAACUGGGCUCCUGUUGUCUGACAUGUCUGCAGUUGUGCUUGUUUUUUUAAUGCAAACAUGGGAUGAAAUCAAGACUCUGGUAGCCUGUAUGUUGUUUUCAGUUUCCUCAAAUAAUAAAUCUAAUUUCAAAACAGACAAUCUGUAAACUAAUUUAAGAACUAAAGCAUUGUAACUUGGAAAUUCUCAUCAUGCUUCUAAUUUUUCUAUUAGCAUUGUUCAUUUCUAAUACUCAUCUCCUUCAUGCUUAUCCUUAUGAGUUCUUGGGUGUCUUUCAGAGGCCUAAGUGGAGUUCUGUUGUUUAAGGACUCAGUCCAGCCUGGCUGUUCAUGUCUGUUCAAUAGAACAGGGAUGGAACCACAGAGUCAUCUCUCCUCACAGAGCUGAGACAUCUGCAGCAAGAGCUGAGUUGCCUUAGGUUCCCUCUGUAGCUGAGAGUGCCAGAGGAGGCGUCAUCAGGAAAUCUUACCUAGGUGCAAUCUCAAACAGCUCUGUUCUUUACUGUGGUGUUGACUCUUGAAUUUCACAGUGCUGGUUAAGACUUGCUGAACUGGCAGUCGGGGAAAAGAGAUUCUUCUACCUUAGCUCAGGGAUUUUUGUUACUGAUGCACCAAGUGACCUUGAGGAAUUUGCUUAUUCACUGUAGGUUGAUUCAGCCCAUAUCUUUGAAGCCUAAAGUGCCAGGUGUUGCUGGAGCCAGCUUUUGUAGUUUAGGGAAAAUGGUAAUGUAUCAUUUUUGCUGACAAAUUUGUAGAUCCUGCACAGAACCUUUCAAUGUGUGCACUUAGGUUAGUGUGAAGUGUGUAGUAUUUUCAGUUGAACAUGAACAACGUGGGAUAUUGCUAAAAGGCAAAAUAAGCCUUUUUCCUCCCUUCCCAUACUCAUUCUUCAUUUUUAUGCACUGCUGUUAGAGCUGUUGAGCAGCUUUAGAUUUCUCCCUCAGAUGAAUGAAGAAUGCAACACUUCAGGUGGGGUUUGUUGCUUGGUUCCAGUGAUGAGCAUAGCUGAGGGUGUGUGUCUGCAGUUUCCUUUGACCUCACCAGAAUGGUCUGCAGAAGAAUGGUAAACAUUCACCUGAUUGCUAUCUUUUGAGGAACCUGUGGCAGAUCCACGCAGAAACAUUGCCACAGCCUCCUUGCUGCAGCAUGACUAAUGUGACAACACCAAAAUCAAAGCCAUUUUGACAGCACCUAGCAAACGAGGGAAAUGUGUGGGAAGGUACUGGAAAAGGAGUUAAAUGGUGUAGUAUGUGUGUUAAUUCCUUAACAAAACUGUGUGAGGUAAGAGAGCCUGAGAAGAGUUGUCCUCAUCCUGGAAUUCUGCGUUUAAGAAAAGUUCUCACUGUUAUGAAUGGUUCUAGUGGGCUGUGAACACCUUCA